AUGCCCAACUCCUCAAAGGACUCCCGUAUGGCAGUCAGACGCAACGACAAGGAGCUGCACCAAAGAUCAGAGGCCUGUGGCAGCCAGGCUGGCGAACUGUCCGCCCCAGCGUCUACGGCACCGCCUGGGAAAACCACUGGGCAGCCACGGACUUUGCUCUUCCAGCCAGACGAUCGCUCCUAUUGGCAGCAGCGAGUGCAUGACGAUGCCACUCAGUUCCUGGCACUAUGCAGACAUCUGCACGUCCUUCCCAAUCUCUGGUCCCUCCAUGAGUGGUCAGUUUUGAGGACUCCGGCCACUGCAAGCCGCAAAUACGACACGGUAUAUUACAUUACCGCUCUGGUGGCGCAGGCGAAGCAGGUGAGCCUUUUGCUAGAGCGCCAAAAGGUGGCCUCGGCGCACUGGCUGGACCCGGAAGAGGCAUGGACCCAGUCCCAAGGCGGCACUAUAUGGCUGCCGUUCAUGCUGCUCUAUGAUACGGCGCGACUGAUGAACCUGCACCGUUGGGAUGACCUUUUAAGGUUCUCUCGCCAGCGCAGUGUUUUGGGAACCACAUUGGUGCAGCCUGUGUACUACCGCUGCGAUGGAUGUAUGUUUGGAGUGCUUCCAGGCGACGAACUCUACGUGAGCCAGCCAGAAAAGUGCACCCAAACCAUAAUCCUGCCCGGCACUGUUGUUGAACUGAACCGCAGUGCCAGGCAGUACAAUCGGUACGUCGUCUACGACUUUCACAAGGUUGUGCUGGCCUCAAACGUUCCUCCCUUCGAUGGCCAUCUCCAGCUUCAGUCGCGCGUCAACAUCCAGCUAGCGAAAUUGUAAUAGAAACGGCCGCAUUCAUGGGAGAAUAUAUAUUCUUUUGCUA